UACAAAGUGGAUAACCACUCACCAGUCACCACCACUUUGACAGUCGUGGUCACCGGCAGCCGCCUGCCGCCAAGUAGGAGCUGAGAGCCUGAGAAGUGGAAACCGCAUUUAACCGCUAACCUGAUCGAGAACCGGCAUUCGCGUUACGUCCGUCGACCGGUGUGAACGUGCGCUCUGUUCCGCGGUGUUGCCCGCCGCGAUUCGUGCGUGUCCCGCGACGAGUGAUAACGUUGAGCGCCACUGAUAACGAAGGUGCACCACAAUAAUAACAGCUACUGUUAAUAUUUUCGCAGUAAUCUGUAUAUUAUUAUUGUAAUAUACUAAUAUCUGUAAUCAGUGUUCAGUAUUAAUAUUGUAGCAGCGGCGGCUGGUCGACGGCCGUCUAUUUAUUGCCGAAAAUGUGACCGGCCGACCGCGGUGGAACUAUGUCCAGAAAAACCAAACGAUGGCUGUUACAGUUGCAGAUACUACUCGCCCUGUUGGCGCUCGCGUCGUUCGUUUUCUACCAACAGGUGGGAAUCACGGGAGGCAAUGUGCUCACUCCCGGUCAGCAACAGCUGACAAAAACAGUAAACAACUCUACAAACUAUUCAACUUUGGAAAGAAAAUCAUUCCAACGCAUCUUGCCUGUCGCCGAUGAUCUAUUAGAAAAAGUGUUCAUCACCGUAAAAACUACUGGGAGAAAUCACUUGACCAGAUUACCUGUAAUAAUAAGGACUUGGUUUCAACUUGCAAAAAAACAGACUUGGUUUUUUACGGACACUAAUGAUCAACAUUUAAGUCAAGUGACGGGUGGUCACGUCAUAAACACUAACUGUUCAGCCACUCAUAGUAGACGUGCGCUGUGCUGUAAAAUGUCCGUCGAAUUGGACGUGUUCCUUGAAACGAAAAAAAAGUGGUUUUGUCACGUAGACGACGACAACUAUGUUAAUGUUCCUGCUUUGGACGAAUUAUUGAAAAUGUAUAAUCCAAUUGGAGAUUGGUAUUUGGGACGCACUAGCACUCCGAAACCGUUACAAAUUCGCGCCAAAUCCCAAAAAACCACAUUUUGGUUUGCUACUGGAGGUGCUGGAUUUUGUUUGAGCCGUGCACUAGUACUUAAAAUGGCACCAAUAUCUGGGAAUGGGAAACUUAUGGCAAUCGGGGAUCGUAUAGGUCUUCCAGAUGAUGUGAGUGUCGGAUACGUUAUAGAACAUUUGUUAAAAAUACAACUGACUAGAGUGGAACAAUUUCACUCGCAUUUGGAGCCAAUGAGACUUAUAAAAAAAGAUCUAUUUAACGAACAACUGACAUUCAGUUAUUCUUUGGACAAUGAGCCGAACACUGUGGACGUGGAUGGGUUCAACGAAAUUACCGAUCCUACCAGAUUUCUUUCACUGCAUUGUUUUUUGUUUCCUGAAGCUUCGAGUUGUGUCGAAAAAUGAAAAAUACACCGUUACUCGUUAUAUUGUUCCAGGGACAGUGAGAGUUAAUAAAAUCAAAUUUAGUGUCGUUUAGUAAUAUUUUGCCCGGUAUUUUUUAAGUUUUUGUCUUGUUUGGCCUAACGUUUUAUUAAUCUGAAAUACGAAAACCAUUAAUCAUAAGGUCUUCAGAAUGUGCAUGUCAUGGUUGGUCAGAAGGUGGGAAACCGUCAUAAUAGUAGCGACUAAUAUUCGUGUGCUUACAGUUGGAUACUCAUUUCCCAUAAUGUGCUCGAAUGACAGGACUGAUAAAAUGCCCUCAUUACUAUAUCGUUUGUUACGAUAAUGACAUCAACAGAGUAUAUUUUCGAUUAAUCUUAAGUUUAUGUUUGCCUAAAUCAACUAUAUAAUAAAUACGGCGCAUUAAAGGAUUUCUUUAAUUUUAGUUUGUCUCUCUAGAAAUCAUAAUUGUAUUUCGGGUGUUAAUAUUGUGACACUAUUAUCGUAAUUGAUUGGGUAUUCAAAUGUUAUAUCUAAAAUAUUUUCCGUGAUUUCUUGUAUAUAGACUCAAAAUGUAUGUAUAGUAUACAUAGAACACAUUAUUAAAACAAUAAAUCAGUAAGAAUAAGUGUGUAUACACAGCAGAAACAAUGAAAUAGUUUUUUAAUUAUUAGUUUAUGUCCAAACGGAUCAUCGUUCAAUGUAUUACGAGUAAUCAUCAUUGUUUUAGUAGUGGAAUAAACGUUCUAACGAGCAGGGGCGCACAAUAUCGGUUCAUAUAAGUUACUUAAAUUCGUCCGCUGUUGUUGUGUGUUCAUAUUAAACGCAUUAGUUUUGAUAUUUUUUUUACCCCAAGGAAACUGACAAGGUCAUUACCUAUAUACACAUUGUUAUUAAUAAUAUGUCUACCAUAGAUACCGAUCGUCUGCAAAACGGUCACAUAUAUGUCAUAUAUUCAUCCGACGAACUAAUCACCGAUAUUGUGUAUUUGUGUGUGAGACUCAUUUUAUUGAUGGGACAAAAAUUAAUGCCGAAGCGUUAAAAUAAUAAUAAAUCUAAAAAAUAACUCGAAUGUGAAUUCUACGUGCAGUUUAGUUGACUCUGUUGACUGAUAUUGUCUUCGAAAGUGGGUGGAUUACCGACGGUAAUAUAACGAUGUGUCACCCCGUUGACAGAGUUAUACAAUUUUUUAUUAUAAUCAUAAUAAUAGCUAAUGCUUACACACCGUUUCUAAGGUUUCCCGCUGUUCAUCGACCCCCUUUGCAUUUGAACAGAACAUUUCUCAGUCACUUACAUAUUAUUAUAUUAUUACGUGUAAAUAUAUUAUGCAUAAAGUAUGUAAAUAUCUCACGUACGUGCCACCGGACGGCGCCUUAUUGACAUGCACGUUAUUUUUAUUUAGUUUUUCGUCUGUGAUAUGUAAUUUUAAGUCAUUAUUUUUGUACAAAUAUAAUUUAUUAUUAUCAUUACCUAGAUUGUGAUUUGUUUGUUAUUUAAUCAAAACACUUGUACAAUACGGAACCGCAGCUAUAUAUUGUGCCUUUAAUUAUGUAUUUUAAGCAGUUAAAAUGUUAUUUUAUUUUUCGUUAAUUUAAAUAAAUUGUUCAUUUUUUAUACUAUUAUGGUGUCUACCGCUGAUGUAUUUUUAAUGACAGUAAAGGUUUUUAUCAACACUUA